AUGCCAUUGCUGUCUCUAAUGCUUUCCAGACCGAAUUCACAUCGAACUCUCCUCCGCAAACUGUUUAUCGAGGAUUUUCCCAAUUUGAGGACUUUGUCGGGUCAUGGGAUACAAACCCCUGUCUCUCUUGAAGAUCUGAGUAUCAAGAAUUGCCCUAAUCUAGAGGCUGUUCCUACUUUGGGCAACCUCAAAUCCCUCCGUCAGUUGCAUAUUGAGAAAUGUGGUGGAUUAACAAGUAUACCAAGUGGGAUCACAUCCUGCACUUCUCUUGCCACUUUGUCUGUCAUAGGUUGCCCCAAUUUGAUAUCUCUGGCAGAUCAAGUUGUGUCCACCUUGCAAUCCCUUCGCUCUUUAAAAUUGUCAGAUUGUGGGAAAUUACAAUAUUUUCCCAAGGGGCUGCAGUCUCUAUCUCGUUUGGGAGAGAUGUCGAUUGGUGCGUACUGGGAGGAGCUAGUUUCUAUCCCGGAUUUUCAAGUUCCAUCACAACUUGAAAGAUUAGAGCUGUUGGGAUGGCCAAAGCUCAAGUCUUUACCUCAACAAAUUCAAGACCUAGCUUCUCUACCGUCGAAGCUAUGA